AUGCAACUCGACUUACGAGUAGGUAAGAAAUAUCGGAUUGGUAGGAAAAUUGGAUCAGGGUCAUUUGGGGAUAUCUAUUUAGGUACCAAUAUUAUUAGUGGAGAAGAAGUUGCUAUUAAAUUAGAAAAUACUAAAGCCAAACAUCCUCAAUUAGAAUAUGAAGCUAAAGUAUAUAAGGCUUUAAGUGGAGGUGUUGGUAUUCCGUUUGUUAGAUGGUAUGGAACUGAAUGUGAUUAUAAUGCUAUGGUUAUUGAUUUAUUGGGACCUUCAUUAGAAGAUUUAUUCAAUUAUUGUAAUCGCAAAUUCAGUUAUAAAACCGUCUUACUUCUUGCAGAUCAAUUAAUUUGUCGUAUUGAGUAUAUUCAUGCCAGAUGUUUUAUUCAUAGAGAUAUCAAACCAGAUAAUUUCUUAAUGGGGAUUGGUAGAAGAGGUUCACAAGUUAAUGUGAUUGAUUUUGGAUUGGCUAAAAAAUAUAGAGACCCAAGAACUCAUUUACACAUUCCCUAUAGAGAAAAUAAGAAUUUAACUGGUACUGCAAGAUAUGCGUCUGUUAAUACUCACUUAGGUAUAGAACAGCUGAGAAGAGAUGAUUUGGAGUCUUUAGGUUAUGUUUUGAUUUAUUUUUGCAGAGGCUCUUUACCAUGGCAAGGCUUAAAAGCUGCCACCAAAAGACAAAAAUAUGAUAGAAUCAUGGAAAAGAAAAUGACCACUUCAAAUGAUGUUUUAUGUAAAGGAUUACCUGUUGAAUUUUUGGAAUAUAUGAAUUAUGUUAAAUCUUUAAGAUUUGAUGAUAAACCAGAUUAUCCAUAUUUGAGAAAAUUAUUCAGAGAUUUGUUUAGAAGGGAAGAAUAUAAAUAUGAUUAUGUGUUUGAUUGGACUUUAUACAAGUUUCAACAAGAAAAGCAAAGGCAACAGCAAGGGAAAACUGGAGAUAUAGAUCAACAAGCACCAGCACAACAACAACAACAACAAGCACCAACACAACAACAACAACAACAAUUGCAACAGCAAUCUCCACAAUUACAACAACAAGCACAACAACAAUUGCUAUCACAACAGCAGCAACAACAACAAUCACUAGCACAAUCACCAGUAGUACCACAAGUGCAACAGUUGCAACAACAAAGCCAACAAAAGUCGCAAACACCACAACUCGCUCAGAAACAACAACAACAACCACAGUACCAGCAAUAUGCCAAUGCCCCAUCUAGUUUCCAAAGAUUCUCAACCAAUCAACAACCCUUGGCACAAUCACCUCAAUUAUUACAACAGCAACAAGCUGGUGCCCAACAACAACAAAUGCAAGACAGACGUCUGAACAACCAAGCAUGGAUAUAA